AGUGAGUUCCUGCUUGUAUUCUCAUAGAAACUUCUCCAGUAAAUGUGCCGCUUCUCUCCAUGGCUUCCUACUUUGAAGAACAUAACUGUGAACCGACGGUGCCCGAGGAGCAGUAUCGUCAGAAUGCCCUUCUAGAGUUGGCAAGGAGUCUCCUCAGUGGGAUGGAUAUUGACCUUGGAGGUUUAGACUUUACGGAGUGGGAUCAGCGACUCCCACCCCCAGCUUCCAAACAAGUAGUGGAAAGUUUGCCCAGGGUUACUAUAACACCCGAGCAGGCAGAUACUGUUCUUAAGUGUCCUGUGUGCCUGAUAGAAUUCGAGGAGGGCGAGACUGUCCGUCGAUUACCCUGUGAGCACCUCUUUCACUCUGCCUGCAUCCUGCCUUGGCUUGGAAAGACCAACUCCUGUCCCCUGUGCAGAGAUGAGCUUCCCACAGACAGCCCGGAGUACGAGGAAUACAAAAAGGACAAGGCAAGGAGGAAGCAGCAAGAACAGCGGCUGGAAGAUCUGCAUGGAGCCAUGUACACCUGAGACAUUCUUUAGUGGCAUCUCUCCUCCUUUACCCAGCAGUCUUAAUUAGAAUAUUAUUAAAUCCCUUUCCCUGCUGCGCCAGGGGAGCUCAAAUCCAGCAAUAAAGAACCCGGAGCAGGAAUUAAUACAUUAAUACAUAUCGCCCACCUGCGUGAGCCAGGGCAGCGGGAAAGAGAGACACUUAAACAGGGCUGUUCAGUAAUGAGGACUGGCCAGGCUUCGCUCUGACGGUGUAUUCGUUUUUGGAAAUCCCUCUGAAUGUAGCCGUGGCGUUUUAUUAGUACGUUUGUCUCUCUCAGAUCUCUGUGUAUUCCAUCUGAUGGUGGCCAACCUGAGAAAAAUGCUGCCGAGGAGGACGCAGUAUGUGUGUCACCGGAUUUGCGAGGGCAGCCAUCUUUUUAUUUCAGUGCGUUAUUUUUUUAUUCAGGCAGAAACCCUGCUUAUUCACUUACCUGCUUCCUAACAUCGGUCACUCAACAGAGCUGGGUGCACAUGCAUGCAUAACACUUUAUAUUAAUUAUUAAUCAUUUAAAGUGUAAUAAAAGAGCUCUUUAAUACUA